AUGGGCUGCUGCUCCGCCAGAUGCAUGCUGGUCCUCCUGUGCUGUCUGCAGCUGAUGACAGCUGUGGAGAGGCAGGUGUUCGACUUCCUCGGUUACCAGUGGGCUCCCAUCAUGAUCAACUUCUUCCACAUCAUCGUGGUCAUCCUGGGCCUGUUCGGCACCGUCCAGUACAGACCUCGAUACGUUAUCGUGUACCUGCUCUGGACGUUGUUGUGGGUCGGCUGGAAUGUCUUUGUGAGCUGCCUCUACUUGGAUCUGGGAGGACUUUCAAAGGACAGUGACAUCCUGACCCUCAGUGUGUCGUCACAUCGCUCCUGGUGGAAGGACAACGGGCCGGGGUGCGAGCGCCAGGGCCUUCCCUCCGCCGGGUGGGACAAUCAGCAGAACCCUGAGCUGACCACGGUGCUGAGCUGCUGGCUGGAGUACCAGUACAUAGAGAUCCUGCACUGCAUCGUCCAGCUGCUCAUAUCACUCCUGGGAUUUGUUUAUGGCUGCUAUGUCGUCAGCACUUUUUCAGAAGAGGAAGACAGUUUUAAUUUCAAUGCUGAUUUUCAUCAUCCAUCCAAACCCCCUCACUUGUUCUUCUAG